CCGGGCACCCGACGGGCGGGGAUAAAGUGGGCGGCCUCUCGCACAGUCGCCUCCCGCCCAGUCCCGCGGCCGCUCCCGCGCCCUUCGCUCCUGCCCACUCUGCGCCCGCAUCUCGGGGCUGGCAGGACCUUGAGUCGCCACCGAGGUGCCCAGCCAGGACAUCAGGGCACAUGACCAUUGCCAAGAUGCUCCAGGGCCCCGUCUCUGUGCUCCUGCUUGGGGGACUCUUGGGGACCCUCCAUGCCCAGCAGCAGGAGGUCAUCUCACCUGACACCUCCACCUCUGAGAGGAACAACAAUUGUCCCGAAAAGGCUGACUGUCCCGUCAACGUGUACUUUGUCCUGGACACCUCGGAGAGCGUGGCCAUGCAGUCGCCCACAGACAGCCUGCUCUACCACAUGCAGCAGUUUGUACCUCAGUUUAUCAGCCAACUGCAGAAUGAGUUCUACCUGGACCAAGUGGCACUGAGUUGGCGCUAUGGUGGUCUACACUUCUCCGACCAGGUGGAAGUGUUCAGUCCACCUGGCAGCGACCGGGCCUCCUUCACCAAGAGCCUACAGGGCAUCCGCUCCUUCCGCCGAGGCACAUUCACCGACUGCGCACUGGCCAAUAUGACACAGCAGAUCCGGCAGCACGGAGGCCGAGGGGUGGUCAACUUUGCUGUUGUCAUCACUGACGGCCAUGUCACAGGCAGCCCAUGUGGGGGCAUCAAGCUACAGGCUGAGCGAGCCCGUGAGGAGGGCAUCCGGCUCUUUGCUGUGGCCCCCAACAGGAAUCUGAAUGAGCAGGGCCUGCGAGACAUCGCCAACACUCCACAUGAGCUCUACCGCAACAACUACGCCACCAUGAGGCCAGACUCCACUGAGAUUGACCAGGACACCAUCAACCGCAUCAUCAAGGUCAUGAAACAUGAAGCCUAUGGGGAGUGCUACAAGGUGAGCUGCCUGGAGAUUACUGGACCCCCUGGACCCAAGGGCUACCGAGGACAGAAGGGUGCCAAGGGGAACAUGGGCGAGCCAGGAGAGCCUGGACAGAAGGGGCGACAGGGAGACCCAGGCAUCGAAGGCCCCAUUGGAUUCCCAGGACCCAAGGGUGUGCCUGGCCUCAAAGGAGAGAAGGGUGAAUUUGGAGCCGAUGGUCGGAAGGGAGCCCCUGGUCUAGCUGGCAAGAACGGAACUGAUGGACAGAAGGGCAAGCUAGGCCGAAUUGGACCUCCUGGCUGCAAGGGAGACCCUGGAAACCGGGGCCCUGAUGGGUACCCAGGAGAAGCUGGAAGUCCAGGCGAGCAAGGAGACCAAGGCGCCAAGGGAGACUCUGGCCGCCCAGGACGCAGGGGGCCCCCAGGAGAUCCCGGAGACAAAGGAAGCAAGGGAUAUCAAGGCAACAAUGGAGCCCCAGGAAGUCCAGGUGUGAAAGGAGGCAAGGGUGGGCCUGGCCCUCGUGGACCCAAAGGAGAACCCGGGCGCAGGGGAGAUCCAGGAACUAAGGGCAGCCCAGGCAGUGAUGGCCCCAAGGGGGAGAAGGGAGACCCUGGUCCUGAGGGGCCCCGGGGCCUGGCUGGAGAAGUCGGCAGCAAAGGAGCCAAGGGAGAGCGAGGCUUGCCUGGACCCAGGGGUCCUCAGGGGGCUCUUGGGGAACCUGGAAAUCAGGGAUCUCGGGGAGACCCUGGUGAUGCUGGACCUCGUGGAGAGUCAGGACAGCCAGGUCCCAAGGGAGAUCCUGGAAGGCCUGGAUUCAGCUACCCAGGACCCAGAGGGACACCGGGAGAAAAGGGCGAGCCCGGCCCACCAGGCCCAGAGGGAAGCCGAGGAGACUUUGGCCUGAAAGGAGCACCUGGGAGAAAGGGAGACAAGGGAGAGCCGGCUGAUCCUGGUCCUCCUGGUGAACCUGGCCCUCGGGGGCCAAGAGGAAUCCCAGGACCUGAGGGAGAACCUGGUCCUCCUGGAGACCCUGGCCUCACGGAAUGUGAUGUCAUGACCUAUGUGAGGGAGACCUGCGGAUGCUGUGACUGUGAGAAGCGUUGUGGUGCUUUGGAUGUGGUCUUCGUCAUCGACAGCUCUGAAAGCAUUGGCUACACCAACUUCACACUGGAGAAGAAUUUUGUCAUUAAUGUGGUCAACAGGCUGGGUGCCAUUGCUAAGGACCCCAAGUCUGAGACAGGCACACGUGUGGGUGUGGUGCAGUACAGUCAUGAGGGUACCUUUGAGGCCAUCCGGCUGGACGACGAGCGAGUCAACUCCCUGUCCAGCUUCAAGGAGGCCGUCAAGAACCUCGAGUGGAUCGCAGGCGGCACCUGGACUCCCUCUGCCCUCAAGUUUGCCUACAACCAGCUCAUCAAGGAGAGCCGGCGCCAGAAGACCCGCGUGUUUGCAGUGGUCAUCACAGAUGGGCGCCACGACCCACGUGAUGAUGACCUUAACCUUCGGGCGCUGUGUGACCGUGAUGUCACAGUGACAGCCAUCGGUAUUGGUGACAUGUUCCACGAGAGGCAUGAGAGCGAGAACCUCUACUCCAUCGCCUGUGACAAGCCACAGCAGGUGCGCAACAUGACAUUGUUCUCCGACCUGGUGGCCGAGAAGUUCAUUGAUGACAUGGAGGAUGUCCUCUGCCCGGACCCCCAUAUCGUGUGUCCAGAGCUUCCCUGCCAAACAGAUGAACCGUGGCCUGGCAGCGAGCCCCCGGUCACCUUCCUCCGCACGGAAGAGGGUCCGGACCCCACCUUCCCCAAGACCAUCCCCCUGAUCCAGCAGUUGCUAAACGCCACGGAGUUCACACAGAACCCAGCUGCCUACUCCCAACUGGUGGCUGUGAUGGUCUACACCGCCGAGAGGGCCAAGUUCGCCACAGGGGUCGAGCGGCAGGACUGGAUGCAGCUGUUCAUUGACACCUUUAAGCUGGUGCACAGGGACAUCACAGGGGACCCAGAGACUGCAUUGACACUCUGCUAAGCUCAGGGCCACCAUGAGCAGACAGACAGAGCAAACCCUCACCGCUUAUAGUUUCCUAGGGCUGCCGCCACAACUAGGGCCUCAAACAGCAGGGACCCACCCUUGCAGUCCUGAGGCAGAAAUCCAGAAUCUAGUGUCUUUAAGGCUGUACUCUCUGGAGGGUACCCUCCUACAUUUUCCAGCCUCUGCUGGAGCUGCUGUCCUUGGUUUGUGGACACAUCACUGGUGUCGCCUCCAUCUUCCCAUGGACUUUUCUCUUUUUGUCUCUGUGUCCCUUCCUCAUUUUUACAAAGACAUCAGUGAUUGAAUUUAAGGCCUACCCUAAAUCCCAGAAGUUUGCAUCUCAAGAUCCUUAAUUUAAUCUCCUGUUUGUAGUCCUUUACCACAUAGUGACCUUCACAGGCUCUGCUGUUGCAGUGUGAGCAUCUUUAGGGGGUCACUAUUCAGUUGGCCAUACCACCCCAGUCCAUCUGAGCCACAUUGUGGCACAGGUGAGGGAGGAAUGUGAUCCAAGUGCUUGAGGAUGUCCUCCUUGCCUGCUUCUAGUUGGAACUGGUUUGGUGGCAGGUGCAUGUUCAGAGCCUACAGGAAACCAUGGGAAAGUGACAAGGGUUGUGCAGCACACAGCAGUGGCCCAGCAGUCCUGAGUCAGUGGUAUAGCUCAUUGGUGUCAUCCCCAUUAAGUCAAAGUGCCAGAGUUGAUCUGCCAGCAUGCCUAAGCAUGUCCCCAGCCUGGUAUCUGGAGGUAACAUGAAGGAGUGGGCAGGAACUUUGCUGCCUCCAGCUGCCUGAGAAUCAUAAAAUGUUGGGAAAUGGCAGGGGACCCACAGCAAAGUCACUGCCCCCCAAGGUGAGCAUAUUCUGACUGAACCCAAGAAGCCCUAAUUAGGCUCGGCUGAUCAGUCGCUGCUCCCAUGUAUGCCCCUCUAGCUCAGGAUAAAACCUGUCCUCUUGGAAUGUGGAGGGAGGGUCAUAUUUCACACUUACUGCCUGAGGAAGGCUGGAACAGACUCCCUGUUGGGAGUCACUGGCAGGAGAAGGGACCCCUCCCAGAAGUGGGGCAUAGAGCCCCUGAAUCUCAGAACUACCAGUCACUUAUACAUCUUCAUCAGCGUCACCUGGUCUCCAGGGGUUGUCUGUCAGUUAUGAGAGACUAGAAAGUCCAGUUGCCAGUAGGAACUUUCAAGAAACUCUGAGCAGGUUCCAGGGGCAAUGUGCACUAAAUAAGCUAUAUAGCUAAUAAGCUCAGUAAGAAAGACUACCUGAUAGCAGACACUCACUGGCUCAGGGUUCAACUUCGGAGGUAGUAAGCAAUGUUAAAUGUUUUAUAAAAAAGUGAAACCUGUAACUGAAUGAAUUGCUGUGGUCAAAUGGCAAGCUGUGGUGACUUACUGUGAGCUAGGUACUCACAUGCCUGUGGGGUGGGCACCCUGGCACCUGCCUCAACAUUCUUGGUCAUUCAUGACUAGAGUCAGGCUGUCUUUGAUAUGAUUCGCUGGGUGCCGGAAUGCCCAUGUCAUGACAGUGUAUAGAACUAUCCUGCUCCUUCCUCAUAGGCUUGGGCCCACCUGGUGUCUCUAGGUGAACAGGUGGCUGUGCCCCAACCUUUGAGCUCUGACACCUAUAUGUCUAGGGCUGGUGACUUUCCACCAGGGGAAGGGAUGUCUUGGUGGCAGUGAGUCUCAGAGGGGCCCACCUGGGCUGCCUCAGUCACACCCAUGCUCCCUGCACACCAAAGUGACAAACAGUCCCAGGACAUGUAGGUUCUUCC